CCCAGUCCCCUCCGUUUCUCCAAGUAAACAAUACAAACCGCCACUGCCCAAAAUCCCUUCUUUUUUAAGAAAAUGGAUCCAAAUCAGGCCGUCGAGGAUGAAACGCAUCCAUCCAUCACCGCCGUGAACCGCCGUAUCCAGCAGCUGUCCCUUCACCUGACUCCGCUCGCUCCCCUCCAACCGUCACCCCAGCUCCACAUGCUCACAUGCGCCAAGGCAGCCAAUAAACUCGAGGUUGACAAAGCCUCAAUCCAGAGCUACAUGAGAGGAAAAAACAGAGAAAUACAGGAGAAAAUCGUUGAGUUUUUCGAGUCAAGGCCCGAUUUGCAAACCCCUGUUGGGAUUUCGAUGGAUGAACACAGGGAGCUCUGCAUGAGACAGCUUGUUGCGUUAGUUAGAAUAGCAAAGAUCAGGCCUUUUAGAUACGUCGUUGACGAUCCCGCCAAGUAUUUCGCCAUUACUGAAGCUGUUGGGAGUGUUGAUGUAUCUCUUGGGAUCAAACUCGGCGUCCAGUUUAGUCUUUGGGGAGGUUCAGUGCUGAACUUAGGAACCAAGAAGCACAGGGAUAAGUAUUUUGAGGGAAUCGACGAUGUGGAUUAUCCUGGUUGUUUCGCCAUGACAGAACUACAUCAUGGUUCAAAUGUUCAAGGCCUUCAAACGACGGCAACAUUUGAUCCAAUUACAGAUGAAUUCAUCAUUGACACACCAAAUGAUGGGGCUAUCAAAUGGUGGAUUGGCAAUGCUGCCGUUCACGGUAAGUUUGCGACAGUCUUCGCUAAGCUCAUAUUACCGACACAUGACUCUACAAAAGUUUCCGACAUGGGAGUCCAUGCCUUCAUUGUCCCGAUAAGGAAUUUAAAAACUCACCAGACGCUUCCUGGAAUCGAAAUCCAAGAUUGCGGCCACAAAAUUGGCUUGAAUGGGGUUGAUAAUGGAGCUCUUCGAUUCUGUUCGGUUCGAAUCCCCAGAGAUAAUCUUCUUAAUAGAUUCGGUGAUGUUUCUGGAAAUGGAAAAUACACAAGUAGCCUCCCUACUAUAAACAAACGUUUUGCUGCUAUGCUGGGUGAACUUGUAGGUGGGAGGGUUGGCCUUGCAUAUUCUUCAGUUGGUUUCCUCAAGAUUUCAGUCACUAUUGCGGUUCGAUACUCGUUACUACGCCAGCAAUUCGGUCCUCCGAAACAGCCUGAAGUCAGCAUCCUCGAUUAUCAAUCGCAGCAGCACAAGCUUAUGCCGAUGCUGGCUUCAGCGUAUGCAUUUCAUUUCGCUGCUCAGAAUUUGGUGGAGAAAUAUUCAGAGAUGAAGCAAAAGCACGAUGAACAACUUGUUGCCGACGUCCAUGCACUUUCUGCAGGCCUGAAGUCCUACGUAACAUCAUAUACGGCAAAGUCAUUGAGUACCUGCAGGGAAGCCUGCGGAGGCCACGGAUAUGCCGCUGUCAAUCGGUUCGGCAGCUUGAGGAAUGAUCAUGACAUUUUCCAGACGUUUGAAGGAGACAACACAGUACUUCUGCAACAGGUAGCUGCGGAUCUAUUGAAGCAAUACAAAGACAAGUUCCAAGGCGGUAAGCUUUCGGUCACAUGGAACUACUUGAGAGAAUCUAUGAAUACAUACUUGUCGCAGCCGAACCCUAUAAUUGCUCGAUGGGAAAACACCGAUCACUUACGAGACCCUAAAUUCCAGUUGGAUGCCUUCAGGUACCGAACCUCGAGACUGCUUCAAAGUGCAGCAGCACGGCUCCAGAAGCACUCGAAAACUCUUGGCAGCUUUGGUGCUUGGAACAGAUGCCUGAAUCACCUUAUAACGCUUGCCGAGUCUCACAUUGAAUCUGUCAUUCUCGCAAGGUUUAUUGAAGCUGUACAGAAGUGUCCUGAUGCAAGUAGUCAAGCUGCUCUAAAACUUGUAUGCGAUCUUUAUGCUCUCGAUCGGAUCUGGAACGACAUAGGAACUUACCGUAACGUCGAUUAUGUUGCUCCUAACAAAGCUAAGGCAAUCCACAAGCUUACAGAAUACCUGUGUUUCCAAGUGAGAAACAUUGCAGGGGAACUUAUCGACGCAUUUGAUAUUCCGGCAUCGGUUACAAGAGCCCCGAUCGCGAUGCAGUCGGAAGCAUACUCUCAGUACACGCAUCAUGUUGGGUUCCAAUGACUAGAAAAUGCCAAAAGAAAAUGCAAUGUUGAUGUAAACUGUGAGUAGCAUACGCAAAUAAAUUGAAAGAAAGAGUGCUGGUUUCCAUA